GGGGGGCCUCCUUUCUGAAAUCCAUGGAUCUGCCACUGUAUAACCUGAAAAUAUUUAAACUCUGCAAGCAAAACCAGUCAUAUCUGUUAAAUAAGUAAGAGACAAAUGCGUAAAGAGACUGUUCUACAAAUUCCCAUUGUCAUUUCUCUUAUUGAUGUUCAGAUCAAGUUUUCUGAAGUGUUUGCUUUUUCUAAUGCUUAUCCAAUGAGAUGGUGAGGUCAAUUUAUAAAGCAUGUUCUCCAUUUUUCAGGAUUCAGUUGAAGACGGUGCAAAAGAGGAAAAUACCCAAGAAGAACCUCCAACAGAGGAAGAAGUGAAGAAUAGUCCAGAUGAGCCAGAAACCCAGACAGAACAGUCCAAGGAAGAGGAGCAUUCCAGCAAACUACCUGUCCACUUUAAAUGGGAACACGAGGGAACAGAAGUGUACCUUAUUGGCAGUUUCUCAGAUUGGAAAGACCAAGUAAAAAUGGAGAAAGUAGAUGGAGUGUUCUGUACUACUUUAGAAUUAGCCGAGGGUGAAUACCAGUACAAGUUUGUAGUAGAUGGAGAAAAGAAAGAGAACCAUAGUCAGACGACAACUGCUUGUGAAGAUGGCCACAACAACCUGAUUGUGGUUAAGAAAGAAGAAUAAAAAAGAGUACUUAAAUUUACUCUACAACAUGCCUUCAAGAGUAAACUAUAUGAACUCGCAGUGAUAUUAAAACGAAGCCUUGUGGUCACAACGACAAAGUAUUUUGAACACAGCAUACAUUUUAUGCAGUAUUGACAUGAAUAUAAGGAAAUGUGAUGGUAAAAAAUGUCUGAGUUCAGAAUGCCAUCUUGCCUUGAGUGGAAAUAUCUUCAAAAUAUUGAUACCCAUUAUGUUCUUAAGUAAAUGAUUGAAAAAUAGGCAAAUCAAAACACAAGUCCAAUCUCUUCUAGUCACUGGUCAAACUACUGCUGGGAACAUGAAAUAAUCUUGGAAGUUGUUAAUCGAAUCUAAUUUUCACCAUUGUUUAUCCAUGAGAGAAUGUCAAAUAUGGACCCUAACUACCAGCUACAGUUUUUGCUGCAUACUAUGAAAAAUCAUGAAAAAUCCUGUUUUGUGACCUUGCUUGGUCAGUACAGAUGCAAAAAUGCAGGAAUAUGCCAGGGAGAAGAACAAAUUUACCCCUUAAAAAAAAAAAAAACAAUAUAACACCAGACUUGGUGAGCAACAUUUUAAUUUUGAACUGCCCCUGUUCUUUGGUGAUAAAAUGGUGUUUAAACAGGAAACCAAGAUUUUUAUUUUUCCUUUUACUCACAAGGAGAAGGUGAUAAAGUUUGUCAACAUAGCAUGAAGAUGCUCUGGUGCAAGUUUGGUUCUGAAACUAAUCUACAAUUGUAUAUAUUUAUGGCAGAUGAGACAUGAUAUGGUGGGAAUCUUAUUACAUAGAUUUGUGAUGUAUAGAAACCUUAUAGUUAAAACAUUCAUAGUAUAAGAUACAGUUGCUAUUGUCUAGUCGUCAUCUCUAGUCUAUACGAAGAUAUGGAUGUUCUGUGGUUUUACAUUAGCAAGUGAGUGUAAGUGUUAAUUUCAUAUGGAAUUGGCUGAGUAUUUAUCGUAAUAACUUUGAAUAUUACAUUAUUUAACACAAACAUUUUUCCUCUUUUUAAUUUUUUUUCAAAGUAAAACUUUUGUACUGAAUAUAGAUAUUGCGGUUAUUAUGGGAUGAGAAUUGUAUUAUAGUAGGCGCACUGUAGAGCCUUUGACUAUGAAAGCACUAAUGUAAAAACAUGCACAUAGAAUCAAAGAGGCUGCAAAAUGAAAAAAGUAAGAACAAUGUUACACCUAGUGUGUUUUAAUGCAAUUAAAAUUGCAUAAUACAUUAGGUUUCCAAGAACAAAUGUCAGUAUCAAAUCGGUGAAUGGGAUAGAUCAUGUAAUUUGUAUGGGCCAAAUAGGUUUAAUAGAAUGCCGUAUCAUGGUGCUGAAAGAUUGUUCUAUGCAAUUUAGGGUCUAAGAAAAAAGAGGGCAUUAUCAGUAUGAGAACCUUUUAUAUUUUGACUCGCAAAUUCACAACUUUCUAAAGAGCACUUUAGAUUGGUGCUGUAAAGGUGCUCGAAUAGAUGUAGUCAUUUUACUCUUUACAAUUUUUUUCGUGUGUGUGAAUUAAUCUAAGUUGAUCCACUUUUCAUGAUAUUGCUCACAUAUACUACCUUAAAAUAAAUGUUGAACUAACGAUGUGUUUGCUGCAUACAUGUAUGUUCUCUGGUUCAGUAUAUGUUGCAUAAUAUGGAGAAAAAUGCUCAAUUUUAUGGACAGUAAAGGGUUUGGUAAAUGCA